GACACAACUGUUUACUGACGGCAAAACAGCUGUUAACGAAUACAGAGCUGUGACAUUUCGUUUGCAAAUUUACAAGCAAAUAUAAAAAUAAAAUUUUUCAUUUUUAGCUAGACGAUAAAUAUUUAAUUGGAGUUUAACUUCAAAAAUAUGGGAUAGAAGACCUGGAUUAGGUGUACCUGGUGUUUGGUGUUGGUGCGUUGCGAAAUCUUAUUUAAAUAAUAAUCGACCAAUCCUAUUUGAAAAUACUUAAUCUAAUUAUUGGCGAUCGGCGCAUAUGUGGCAAUAAACUAAAAACAAAUUGUAUGCUUCGUGGUAUACUGUCUCACAAUUGGUGUUAAUUUAAGAAGCGUUGGUAUAUUUUCGGAGUGUAUCUUCUACAAAUACAUAAUUAAGGGCUAUACCACAAUUUUUCCACUGAAUGGUAUUUAUGCCAGAUAACUGUGCGGGUGGUAUAUUAUUGCCAAAUGGCGACGUGUUGCCCGCUCCUAUAGCAUCAACGUAAACUAGUCACUCAAGCGUAUAGUUUUGCUCUGUAUUACGGUAGUAUAUUGCUUAUUUAAUGGGAGUAUAUCCAGCAUACACAACGACGGGAGCGGUUGAGGGAGUUAGUGGAAUACAAAUAACAAAAUUACGUUAAUGACUCGGAGGGUGUGCAGGAAAUAGUUCAACAGUACGUACGCGAUUAGCAAUUGUUCAGAAGAAAACCUUUACCGUGCAACAGUGAAAGCUAAAAUAUUGCUUAUCAGACGAUCCACAUUUAUAGUUGGAACAACUGAAAAUAUAACGCAGAAACGUAAAAUGUUCCAGUAAACUAUUAAUUAUACAAUAACUGAACUGGAAAUACUAGACGAAGUUGAAAUUUGAAUUUUAUGUAUUUCCAACUGACUCAGAUACAAAUUCCCACCUAUUUCGCAUAAAAAUGCGUUCACGCAAGAUCCUCAUUAUAGCUGGUUUUCUAACAACCUGGACUUUUAUAACAUAUUAUUUUUUAAUACGAAAUAGUAACAUAUAUCCCUUAAAGGAUCAAUUGCUCAUGCAAAAGUUAAGUAAAUUGGAGCGCGAAUCUCGAAUAGAAAACAUCGAAAACAGUAAACUGGUAGGACAGCUAAUAGGAAUUAUAAAGAAAAAAAUGACUUCAGAUGACGUUAAAGAACCACAGCCAUACAAAGAAACAAAGGAACGCCCUAUAGGAAUAGUUGCUCUUCGACCAGAUCAUCCUUUGAGUUUAGAAGGAACUAAUCGUAUAAACGGUAAUGCCGAAAAAACGCCUGAAGACGACGUCGGAGAUAACGGAAAAGGUACUCUAUUGGUAAAACCCACCAUGACUCAUAUGCCCAAUGGCGAACCCGUUAUACCAAUAUUGGUAAUAGCUUGUAAUCGUGUUUCCAUACGAAAAUGUCUUGACAAUUUGGUGCAAUACAGACCAAAUGCUGAACAGUUUCCAAUUAUAGUGUCGCAGGACUGUGGUGACCAGCAAACGAAGAAAACAAUUCUAAGUUAUGAAUCACAGGUCACACUAAUUGAACAACCCGACCAAUCCGACAUAUUAACGCCACCACGAGAAAAGAAAUUCAAAGGCUAUUACAAGAUAGCACGUCACUACGGCUGGGCACUGAAUACAACAUUCCAAAGAGGCUACGAAUAUGUGGUCAUUGUAGAGGAUGACUUAAAUGUAGCGCCUGAUUUUUAUGAAUACUUUUUGGGUACACAUGCUCUUCUCAAACAAGAUCCCUCACUGUGGUGUGUAUCAGCGUGGAACGACAAUGGUAAAGACAAAUUUGUGGACAACGCAAAGCCUGAGUUGUUAUAUAGAACAGAUUUUUUCCCGGGACUCGGUUGGAUGCUUACUAAAAAUUUAUGGCAAGAAUUAUCUGUUAAAUGGCCAAAAUCAUUUUGGGACGAUUGGAUUAGACAUCCGGAGCAACGGAAAGAAAGAGCUUGCAUCAGACCGGAAAUAUCGCGGACAAGAACCUUCGGAAAAAUCGGGGUCUCGAAUGGGUUAUUUUUUGACAAAUAUCUUAAGUAUAUUAAACUUAGUGAACAUUUUGUAAAUUUUUCUAAAAUGAACCUCACCUAUCUAUUAAGACAAAACUACGAUCGUGUAUUUUUGAAUGACGUUUAUUCUUACCCUAUUGUAACAUACGACGAAUUGCGCAGAAAUCUCAUUAAAACUGACGGCCCAGUUCGAAUACAAUAUGCAACUAGAGAGCAAUAUAAACAUAUAACAUCUAUUUUAGGACUCAUGGGCGACUUCAAGAGUGGUGUGCCGCGGACUGCUUACCAUGGCAUUGUUUCGUUCUUUUACCAAAAACGUCGUGUAUUCUUGGCACCGAGCGCUAACUGGAAGGGAUACGAUCUCUCAUGGAGCUAACAUAAUGUUGUACAUGUUUUGAACUUGAACUAACUAGUACCAUUUGAGAGCUAAUAUUUUUAGUGAAUAUAACCCACAUGUCGCAAUGAAGCACCACAUAAUAUAUGCAAGGAUUAUAUGUUUGAUUACGUAUUUUGUAUGGGCUUCACUUCUGUAAUGUGCAUGCUUACAAAGCUACCUUGAAGGUUUAUUAUAAAAUUAUAACUAAUAGCCGCAACCAAAAACUAAACUAAGUUAGCUGCGUGAGUGUUAAUUUAGAAUGUGUUGUAUUUAUUUAUACAUAUAUUAAUGAAGCUAGACAUACAAGCAGGUAAUAUACCUAUGUAAACAUACAUAUGUAAUAUAAACCCCUAUUUACACACUAUUACUUUUAUAAAUUUAAGCAAAUUCUACAAAUUCCUGCAGGAAGUAUUUUUGCUCAUUUAGUUAACAAUUAUGGUAGUUCUAUUCAAUGUGCUCUCUAGCAAAUAGACAAUGAAAAUAUAUUGCUAUUUGUUCAAUUUUUGUGUGAUUGCCCUUUAUGAUAUACAUAUGUAUAUAGAUGAUAAGUUUGCCAAUAUAAAUAAUUAAGAUUUGAUUUUGUGUUGAAUAAGUGCGCAUUUGUAUCGUUUCCUAUUUACCAAGUAACGAACUGUUGUGAUUUGUAUAUGAACGAUUGUAUUUAGUUGAUAUUUGAGAUAAUUUUUAUAUAAAUGUCGUGAAGCUUCAAUUUUCACUUAGGUCCAUUGCAUAUUCUAAUACGGACAUAUUUGCUUGCUCAUACAUAAAUGUAAAUAUAACCCAAGUACGAUCCAGAUGUUUCCAAUUGAAAUGUAUGAAGAGUCCAACAUUUAUAUGAAUUACGUUGGUACAAUUUGGUUGAAUUUUAGCAUAAAUGUCACUAUUCAAAAAUAAAUGCGUUAACAUUACUCUUCUUCUGUCAUUUGAUAAAGUAAAUAAAUUAUUUUAUUGUGCCACAGUACGAUUAAGUUCUUAUAGAUCAAACUGUAAUAUUCCAUAAGAUAUUCAAUAAAACAAUUGUCCUCUAUUUUUAUGUACCAACUAUGUA